CUCUUUCCUACUUCUGUUUUUUUAUUAUAUUUUUUUUGCUGAGGGACCAUGGGAAGAGCUUCCCACUGCCGAUGCGCCCCUUACCUUUUUAGCGGUUUAUAUAAAGCAAAAUGGUUAAAGAUUUGUGGCCAACGAUGCACCAAGAAAAAAACCGUGCGGAGGAGGUCGAAGGCAUCACAAAAACAGAGUAACAGUUUGCCCUCAUCUUUUCGCUCUGGAUCGAAACAUGGGAAUUUUUAAAGUUAUAUACCACCACCUCUCACUUGUAAAGAACCCUAACUCUUUGUAAGUACAACUUCUCAGGGGUAAUUUCGUCAUUCUAAUACAAAACUCUAUAUUCAUCUUAAGCACCGGAAAUGCCAAACAAUCCAGCAUCACCUGGAAAUGGAGUAGUUAUCACAAUCGAUCAGCCGCGAUUCAGCUGAUGCGUCUAGCUCCACCGCCGCGGGUGGUCACGUCGGCUCCGGAGAAGCUAUGGGUCGAGGUUUAUCGACGAUGCUAGAGUCCAUCAUUAAGGAGUUCGACUCAAAAGCCAAUGAUGCGUUCAAUAGCCAAGACCAACUCUCCGGCUCACUCGAUCGACUAGUCCAAGGAAAACGCACCAUUGUUGUUCAUAGUACAACACGCGUCGAGGAUCUCGAGCGUCAAACUGAUGGAGUGGAAGCAACGAUAAACAGCUCAACCAAGGGUUAUGGAACCAGGCUUGAGACCUACCAGCUCAACCAAGGGACUCUAGAGAAUCUUCGCUUAGGACCUGAUUCAUGGUUGAUGGAACUAAUCAAAUUAAUACAAGGGAUAAAGAAUACUAUUCUCGCAAAGUCAAAGCUUUUUUAUUAAUCAAAUCAAACUGAAUACAAUUUAGAAUUAGAUGAUUAUUUAUAAUAAAUCUUUAAAUCUAUGAAAAUUCUAAUUUUAAUUAAAAUAGAAAAACUACUAAAAUAUAGAAAAUACAAUAAGAAAUAAUUAUCUAUGUAAACUAAUGAAUUAUAAAGAUAUUUGGAUAA